AUGACUCUUCUCCAGCCCCCCAACAACGACGAAAAUACAACCGUUCACGAGAACCCAGAAAUGGAUGUAAACGCCUCUGAUCCGUCCAUGGUUCAAUAUCAAUUGCCGAAUGAUCGGAAAGAUGAUCCACCUCAUCCACCACCUCCAACUCAAAUGUAUUAUUCCUUACCAAUGCAACAACCGCCACCUCAACAAAUGUAUGUGGUCUUGCCAAACACAGAAUAUGUAGCACAGGUUCAGCCAACUGUACAACAUGUACAGUAUGCGUAUGGUUCAACUGCCUCUGCCAACAACGCAUCCAUGGCAACCCAAUACUCAGAGCCGGUUCCCCAAGGAUUAAUGAGCUCUAAUGUUCAGAUUGUUUCCUCUCAGUCAAACGAAAAUGCCCACUUGCUUUCUCAAGACACAGAGGGAAACUAUGUGAUGAAGGCAGGAUGUAAUGUGAUGGCUUGGACCUACGGCAUUGUUGGAUGCAUCUUUUUAAUACUCUUUCCCUUCGUUGGAAUUCCAUUUGUUUUACUUGCAAUAUUUCAACGAAAUGCUGACUUUAUUUUUGAUGACAAGUCCAAAGAAUUGGUGGUUCAUUUGUAUGGGGCAUUCAUUCCAUUCGGGUGCUUUGAUCAUGAAGAAAGAAUAGCCUAUGAGUCAAUAAGUGACAUUGUUCUCCAAGAAGACUAUACGAUGAGAGUCAAUGGAGAGUGUUCCGGAAUAAUAUUUGCAGUUCUAAAGAAUGGCUCAAGUGUUAAAAUGACCAAAGGUUACACAGCAAGAUCAGUCGCUUCUUUGAGAGCAAGAAAAAUUAAGGAAAUGUUAAGAGUGAGACUGAACGCUUAA